CGCAGCCGUGCUCGCUGAGCUCGCUCUCGGAGAAAGUGAGCGCGGAGAAAAACUCGGUGGAAAAAAUUGCUCGGCACAAGUACAGCAGCGACAGCGCUACCACAACAGCCCUGCCAGCAGGUGCCAUGUUUCUGAGGCCACUCGCUCAGGUAAGGUGGCGGUGGCGGCUUGGUAUUGUAGUUCCGAGGCGCCGCUUGUCUGUAGUGGCGCUGCUAGAAGAGGAAGGCGAGGAAAACUACAAUUCCCAGACGUAAGCGCGCUCGAAUCCGCAGGAUGUCCCGGAUGUAGAACGUUUGAACGCCUAUGGCCGGCAAACGCUGUCAAACGCAGAGCGGCCAAAUAUAGAAUGGCAGAAUUAGCUUUUAAAUGUAUUGAAUGUAACGAAGACGCCAGCGAAUUACACCGAGAUUACAGUAACGGGAUACUGAAGAUAACGAUAUGUAAAUCAUGCGCGAAGCCUGUGGACAAGUACAUCGAAUAUGAUCCCGUCAUUAUUCUGAUAGACGCCAUAUUAUGCAAGAUCCAGGCUUUCAGGCAUAUUCUGUUCAACACGGAAAUCAACAUCCACUGGAAGUUGUGUAUCUUCUGUCUGUUGUGUGAGGCGUAUCUGAGGUGGUCCCAGCUCCAGGGUUCAGAAGUGACCAGUGAUCCUGCUGACAUCAUCAGAUACACUAAAGAAUGGGACUUUUAUGGGAUGUUUGCUCUGGCAGCUCUCGAGUUGGCGGUGUACUGUGUAGGUGUGCUGGCGGUGCUGUGGCCGGUGCAGUGGCUGUAUGGCUGCUCGGUGAAGUUGGCUCCUCUGCUGAAGGCCCUGCUGCUGUCCUGCUAUGGGAAGGUGCUGCUGAUUCCUGCAGUGAUCUGGGAACAUGAUUAUUCUCCUCUGUGCUUCAAACUCAUCAGACUGUUCGUCCUCACCUCCAACACGCAGGCCAUACGGGUGAUUCUGAACUGCAGCAGAAGACUGUCUGUCUUGGCCGUGUUUGGAGGGCUGCUGUUAGAGAUGUGUGUGUCUGACGGUUUACAGAAGCUGCAGCUGAACUCACACGACUACCUGCCUGACCUCUACACCUGAACUGAAACCUGUCACGCAGGUUCUGCAGCUUGUUGGUGGCAGCUGAGGACCACUCGCCAUCUCCUGAGCCGUUUUACUGGGCUUCAGCAGUGAGGUGUGGGAUUGUGUCCUCUGUCAGAAACGAUGUGCCUCUUGCCCAUUAGGCAUGUCUACCUCAGGGAGAGAUUACUGACUGGGAGAGUGUUGCCAGUGCCUAAGGGCCCUCUGACUGCCAGGGGCUGGCAAGGGCUCAAAUUUUGGGAUAAUCCAUUGUGGACAUGAACUUCAGAUAAAUGACUCGCCAUUGAAUAUGUCUGACUAAACGGAUGAAAUAAAAUGGAGAAAUGUUGUUCACUCUCA